GAUUCACGAGACAGACGCCGCGAACACGAGCAGAGCAGCUCACACAUUCGCCGUCAAAUCUAACGGCGCCACGCCGUUAUCUCCCCCACCCAGAAAAAGAAGGCGACUUCCUAAGUGCGUCGAACCUAACGGCCAACGAUUCGCAUUUUUUUUGGUCUCUCCCAAUUAUUGUCCUUCCUCAAACCUCUCCGAAGCUAGCGGUAGUUCCUCUCAUCGCCUCGUAGCCGGGGCAAAAUCAAGAUCUACCCUCCGGUUGCCGCCACUCGUCACCGGAAUGUACGUGCCAAAUUAUACGGGUCGGUCUGUUUGACCUAGUCUUCUCUUGGAAGCAUGACUAGGAAGAUGUAUUGAUUGAGGGUUUCUGGAAUAAUAAGGGAAUUGUUUGAUGGAGUUGGGAAACUUCAGGCCUGAAUCUCAUGUGGCGCAGCAAAGCAGGCGAGAUAAAUUGAGAGUCCAGCAAAGUUCUUCAUCCGCGCAAGGGCAGCAUUUGGAGGAGUACCCUAGCAAUCUGGAGCAAUUGUCUGUCCAUCCGGGUCUAAACCCAGAUGUUAUUCAGGUUUCUGGUGUUCGAUACGGCAAUCUAUGUUAUAAUCAGUCUAUAUUUCCCCCGGAAAUGCUCAAUUUUUCUGCAAGUUCCCAAGUUUUGGUACAUCAAGAACCGGCUGCUACUGGACCUGUUAGGCAGGUUGAUGACGAAAAUGGUUCUUUUGAUAACUCAUCCCAUCGAAUUUUGCCUGUGUUUAACGCCGCAUCCAAAGUGAGCGAUCUUCCUGUCCCACAAAAUUGUGGCACCUGGAAAAGUAUUGGUUCACAACAAAGCUGUGACUGGAUUUUGAAUUAUUCGAGUGGAUUCACGGGCAGUGAAGGCUUGAUGAAUUCUGUGAAAGCGAGCGGUAUUUCAUCAUCUGCUCUCUAUUUGAAGCCUAGUUUUAACGGGAAUCAUCAUUUACAGUCCUCUUUAACCAAUCCAUCCAGUGAUGUUUCCAGUCAAACUAGCCAAAAGCAAUAUGAGGAAAUGCAUUUUAAUCCUCCAGAACUUUACCAAAAUGCUCCAUUGGCAGUGGUUCCUGUUAAUGCGGGCACGGAAGGAUUAGAAUUGGCUUCCCUUGUGGAGCAAAAUGCCUGCCGGGAUAAUGGCCGGGCUUCUUGGACUGAAGAUGGCGGGAACGAACUUCUCCUUCUUCCAAGUUAUGGUGAUCAAGCCCAUCCACUACGCCAUAGCAACAAUUCUCCAUGGAUGACUAGGCCCGAUGAGGGUUGUCAUCGUUGGAGCGGCGAAAUGGGCUUUCCAGAAAAUAAGGGUAGUAGAGACUUGAGGACAGUGGCCAGUGAUUCGAAUACACAAGGUCUAUCUCUAUCUCUUUCAUCAGUUUUGCCGUCUACAACAAAUGCAAAUCGGUUUGGAGAAAAUGUGCACUCUGGAACUAGUGUUUUCAAUCUUCACAAUUCAAAAACAUCAAAAACUGACUAUUUGUCUGCAAAAGCAUCCAUUGGUAGCACAAAAGUCUUGGGAAAUGCUUGUCAAGACAUGGUAGGGCCAUCUAGCUUAACUCAUCGGAAUACCGGUCCCUUGGGGCCUUUCACAGGUUAUGCUACUAUAUUGAAGGGUUCAAAGUUUUUGAAGCCUGCACAGCAGCUGCUCGAUGAAAUUUGUAAUGUAAAUGCUCCACAACUCAUCAAGACAUAUGAUAAAUUACAUCAUUCGGUGGAGGGUUCUAUAGAUGCUGUCAAUGUGGCUGAAUCUGUGGUUGGAGCUAGAGGUGGUGACUCAGGUGUUUCAUCGUCAACAUUUUACAGUUCAAAUGAAAUUAGUGGGGAAGCUGGCGUCCGAAGCAGCUCUGGUGAAUCUUAUCGGCCCGAAUAUCAACAAAAGAAAGCAAAGUUAUUAUUUAUGCAGGAGGAGAUUUCCAGAAGGUACAAACAAUAUCAUCAGCAGAUGAAAAUGGUGGUUUCCUCGUUCGAAUCGGUGGCUGGUCUUAGUACCGCAACCCCCUACAUUUCUUUGGCGCUCAGAACAGUUUCAAGGCACUUCCAAUGCCUAAAGAAUGCCAUAUCCGACCAACUGAAGCACAUAAGAAAUGCCUUAGGGGAGGAAUUGCCAUCUCCCAUUACUGGUGCAAGCAGUUGUAGAGGUGACACGAGCACAUCAAGGUUAAAAUUCAUUGACCAUGGCUUUAUGAAGCAAAAGUUCGGUGGGGGAAACCUGGGCUUUUAUGAAACCCAGCAGCAUGUCUGGAGGCCCCAGAGAGGCCUGCCAGAACGCGCAGUAGCCAUUCUUAGAGCCUGGCUAUUCGAACACUUCCUUCAUCCGUAUCCAACUGACACGGAUAAGCAUAUGUUGGCCACUCAAACCGGAUUAUCUCGAAACCAGGUGUCAAAUUGGUUCAUCAAUGCUCGAGUCCGGGUGUGGAAACCCAUGGUUGAAGAAAUACACAUGCUUGAAACCAAAGGUUCUGCAGAAGCCAACUCAAACGCAAACAAAAAUGAUGGAGACCCUCCCGAAGGCACCAGCCAGCCAAAUGGCGAUCAAUCUUCCGACAAGGUCGUUGGUGCAGCAAGCAAGCAAGUCGAGAUUGGAGCUAAUACCGAGCAAUGGAUUCAGGAGAAGCGGUCAAGAGUGGAGUGCCAAAUCCCGUCCAGCAUGGAUGGAUCUUUGAUGGGAUUCAUGCCGUACCAGCCGAGCAGGCUCGAGAUCGGUGGACUGGGAGCCGUGUCUCUGACGUUGGGCCUGAGGCAAAGUGCCGAGAGCGCGCAGCCCCAACAAGAACAUCAACUUAGCCAGCAUUUUGGAGUGCAUAUUAUUCACGAUUUUGUUGGUUAACUCAACUGGCAACUAUAUAUCUCCCGUUAGAAUCGCUUUCUCCGGAGAAAUAAAAGGUGAAAAGGCUGCUUGCUACUAGCUCCUUUUGCUCUCAGUAACAAUUAUAUGGUGGACGUAGGAAUAUUGAAGAUGUGGGUCAUAGAUAGCGUUCGCCAUUAGGUGGAAGAUCAUGGAUAAAGAUUGGUUGAUGUAUGACAUGAUAUAGCGGCUAGGUGAACCAAGGGCCAGUCAAUCUCCAAAAAUAUAUAUGGUAUUUGCUAAGAUGCAUGCUAUACAAUCUUAAAAAUGAAAUCCAAGUGAAAGGAUCCAAGAAAGAAAGCUCUCUCUUUCUGCACGCUGUUGAUGUUUAUUGAUACAGAUUCCCGAGAAAAUAUCU